AUGGUGCUUCAAUCACAGCCAGGCUUGCACUCUGACCAUAUUGAAUUUCCUGCAAGACCGUCUCUUGAAGAAGAUCCGAAUGGCUCCUCCAGUUUGCUCGAGACCCCCAAUACACUCAUCCUCAGACGAAAAAAAUUGCCUUCAAGAGAUCAAAGCACUGCUGAAUCGCCAAUUAUCGUCUGCCCAGGUGGCGAUCUUAUAUUGCACUAUGUCAGCUCGGCCACCGCUGAGACAUAUUACUGGAAAGUUGACAGGAACACCUUGAGAAGACAAAGUUCCUAUUUCAACGUGCUCCUUGAUCCCACCAGAAGCUUCAUUGAAAGUCAGUCUCUUGCCAAGCAGUUAGCAACCCUUUCAGGCUCAAAUGUCUUGCCUAUUGUGAAGCUACCUGCCACCCCGUUCUCAGAACUGUACGGGAUUGAUGCAUUAGAGCUCUUUCUCCAAGUGACUUUCCUGACGUCGCUGAAGGUAACGCCUUUGAAUGAGGGAGAAGAAAGUCUCGAGAGCUUGUUCUCUCGGAAUGUACUGGCCCUGCCACUAUCUUCAAUUGCCCGGUUGAUUGCGGUUGCUCAAUUCUACCAGAAUGAGGCAAGUGUCUAUCAAGUCUUGAAAGAUCUGAAGUAUCUGGAGAAAAGCAAAUUCCAAUUGCAUAAAUUCAGCCAGAAGACCAUGAAACUCGAUGAGGACCGAAUUCGGCAGACGAUCGUCAUUGCGAAAUUUCUACGGGAAAGCGAAAUUGUGAAGAAAUCGUCCCAUGCACUGGUGGUGAGUGGCUCGACACACUGGACACAAGCACCGGAAGUGCCCGACGGUCCGCAUCUGCCAUGGCAGUUUCUGGCGGAUGGAAUGGAAGAGGAGCUGUUUUACCGACGUCAGUGCGUCUUGAACACCAUCAAUGAUUCCCAAGCAUACUUCCUUCGCAAAUAUGGCGGUCUGGAUCCCGGUCCGCAAAGCUUUGUCGCAUCUGGAGCCUUGCGACCUCGAACCACUCUUCCUGACCGGACUUAUCAAUGUCGAGCAGGCCUUGACAACGCGAACCAGUGCGAUAUUUUUGAGUUGGGCCAAAUGAUUCGCUUUUUCUCAGUCCGCGCCAAGUCCAUCUUCAUUGGAUCCAGCUACAUUGAUCCCGAUUUUAGCCCGCCCAGUACACACUCGGAUGAUACAGCAGACCAAAUCGUGCCAGUCCCCGAUCUCGCCUCAAUUCUCGUCGCACUCAAGAAGUACCCCGACUAUCACAUCGAUCAAAAUCACCACGCCUGCGGUCUGAGACGUCGCCUCCUUCCGAUUCUGGACUGCAUUGAGAAGUUCGUCAUGGAUGGACGUGGUCUGCUCGGCAUUACACCGGAUUGGUCAGAUCCUGCGCGCGGAUCCCAAGAGACACGGUGGAAAUGGGCCUUUGCAAAGACAGUGCAUAUUACGCUCGAUCAAAUUUCACAUGUGGAACUUGAACCCGGGCCGUGGCAUAAUCCCUCAGACCGCAGCAGCAGACCCUCGAAUGGGACACGAAUCAAUCUCACUCAGGAGCAGCGUGCCCGGGCACUGUUUACUGCCCGGAGACGAGUUUGGGAGCCGGAAACGUUCUGA